AUGCACUCAGACGCAAUGCUUAAACGCGUCUUAAAAAGUGAAGCGAUCAUGGCGGAUCUUUCGGAAGCAGAACCUAUGGAAGACCAUGACCAUGGCAUAGACCUAGAGUCAGAUCCGGAUCCUAACACAUUACAAAUAGCAACAGAAGAAGAAUUAGAACCCAUGCCCUACGAGGAAACCGAUGAUGACACAGGUUUAUCAAAAUCUCAAAUUUCUUAA